ACAGGUUGUUUGGUUACUUCUGGAAGUAAAACGACAGUACCUUUGUUAGAUGUAAUCUUUGAUUUUUUUUUAAUUUCGUGAAGUGUUACCCUGCCGUAGAGAUGGAGGCUCGCGUGUUGCUGCUACUUUUCACCCUGCGCUGUCUGCUCGCUGCUGCGGGGGCUGCUGAUGUGACUGAGCCGCUGGGGGAGAGCCGCCCCGCCGCCGCCCCGGGGCAAGAGCGACUGCACCCGCAACGUGCAGACCCCUUGGCAACCUGCCGCAGACAUGACAAUUUGUAUGAAAUCUGCAGAGGCUUUCUUCAGAAUGUAGGCAAUUUUGAUGUACAAGGAAAACAAUUCAUCAAAGAUUUCCUGAAGUGCAGUGCCAUUGGGAUCAAAUCCAGAUUCAGCAGCAGUGUUACCAGAUGUGCUGCAGUGCAAAGGAUCCUUGUUCAUGUGGAAGAAAAAUGAUACCAGCAACAUAACAUCUGUGCUGUAGCAAACAGCAAUAUUGAUGCUUUAGUGAACAUGAUGGCUCUUAACAAAAUACUCUUGAAUGGGUGGGUAAAUAUUGAUGAUGUUGCCUGUAUUCACUGCUAUAAAUCAACCAAGUACUGAAUCAGUUUGUUGGCAUGGGUAAACUUGUACUAAUUGCCUCAACUUUGUUGCCAGGCAUUGCCUCAUUGACACUUGGUGUUCUGUCCUGAAUAUUUGAAUAGGACAAUCUGUUUAGUGGCAUAUGAGGGAGUAGUGUUAUGAAGUGUGCUUGCUGGCCAAACCAGGCCUUCCCACUUGAAUUUCAAUGCUAUUAGUAUAUGAAAGAUGUUUCCUAUUAUGUUAUCAGUUUCAGCUGCUGGGGUGCUUGCUUACUAGCCUCUAAGCUAUAAUGUGUAAUUGAAGUGGGAGUUCUAGAUUUCUUAUGCAAUUUGAGAUAGAACUUUUGGUAGUGAAAUUCUUCUAACAUGAUAAACCAACUGAAGACUGAACUUUGCAGUUGCCCCUGUUUAUUUUUUUCUUACCCAAUCAAAUAAGGGUCUGUCUAACAUUGUUCAGAACUUUCAUGAAACAAUCCUGGGUGACAUUUGGAUUACAUCCCAAGGAACUUCAAUUCCUGGAAUUAUAGUGAGCAAUAUUUCUGAUACACCAAGAUCCUUCCAAAUGAUGCAAUGCCCAACUGUCCCAGUUUAGUUUAACUGGAGACUCUGGCUUUGAGUCCAUGAAUACUUGAAGUGAUAAAAUUAUUCUUCAUUAACACUAUGGGCCAAAUUUACUGAGGCUCAACACCCCAGCACCACACACUACCCCAACCCCCACCCCAUGCUUGGCUUGUGGUGCCAAUGUUGCAGGCCUUAACAAUUUGAGAAAUGGCUAAUUUGUACUUUUCACUGAGAGAGAUGAGAGUUCUGGAUGUUUAUCUCAGAUGUGGAUAAGACUUGACUAGCUAAUUUGUUGCAGAAUGUACUGAUUAUCCUGCAUGGUCCAACUUAUAACCAGUCAAACUGCCAUUAGCUGCCUGGUCCAGAUAUAAUAAUGCAUAAUUCCUGUAUUUAACAGGGCAUAUUUAGAAUAUGUGGUUCCUGAUGGACUGGGGUAAUGACAUUACUGUUGCCAUAAGAGGUCAUCUACAAUCUCAACUUGGUUCACCUUUCAGUAUUUUGAGGCAAUUAUGGCAAGAAUCUUGUAUCAUGAUGGAGAAAACAACACCAGCAUCCCUUUCUGAAGGACCUGUUCUAUGAGAUGACAAUACCAUUCAGGAUGACAAUUGGUAAUGAGAAAACUAAAGAGCCUAGAUAUGGGCUUAAAUAUUGUUGUGGUAUACAGUACGUGCAUUUGCCUUGUGUUUACCAUAAAUGCCUGGUGUUAGUGAAUUCAUUCUCUCCUUCAUGAUCAACUCCUGAAAUUAUACUUUAUCCUCAUUUCACAUGGCACUCAUCUCCCUGGAUAGGUGUUUUUUGGUUACCAUUAACAAUGUACUUCAGUUCUGAAUGCAUUAAUUCCAGGUUUAUGGUAAGAACUGGAAAAGAUGUACAAACAUUUGCUCAUGCAACUUUAAUAAACUUGUAAAGGAACCAAUAUUAUGGAUUUUAUUAGGUUUUCCACCUAUUUGCAUUAGUUUAAUUGGGGAUUGUAGGAGUAGAUGAAGUAAACCUUAUUCUAACAAUUGUGGUGUGAGACUGUCUCAAAUGACCAUGUGCACUUGUUCAAAGCCAUGCAGCUGGCAAAUUUUGGUAACUUUCAGUCACCAACACUCAAGCUGGAACUGUGGUCUUUAAGAAGGGAAGAGUCAUUGCAAAGGAUUAUAAAAUCUGAAGAAAUGUACCAGUGAGGGAACAAAAUCAGCUACUCAAUUUCCAUAAAUUGAUUUGAAGCUACUAUCUACCAAAAAUUCAAGUUAGUCUAUAGCAGAGAUACAGGCCCUGAGCCCAUGCACUAAAUGGCCUUCCAAUCGGGUUAAAAGACAACAGCAAUGUUAUUUCUUCUGAUCAUGAAUGCACUCAGCACAAGACAAAGCAACAGAAAACUUGGCUGUAUAAUGAAGGUUUCUUGUCAAUUCAAUUGCAAUUAGCCAGAGACUCUGUUACAACCUGCAUCUUUAAUUCUAAUGUAAAGCACAUGUUUUCAAUAAACUGAACACAGAUUUAUGCACUUCCCCACUAUUACUUUCAACAGCAGCUCUGGACUGGGAAGGAAAUACCAUUGCUGGAUUUAAUCAACUAUUCUAUAGCUCACAUUUUAUUCAAUGGCAAAGUAAUUCACCAUGACCACAAAAACUACAAAUUCAGUUUUCAAGUCUCAGGGGUGACUACGCAACAUUCUUCUUAAUGCAAGUUACUUGAACCAUCUGCUGCCAUGAACAUAGUUUAACUGGAAUGUCAAUGGCUUCAUUACAGUCCAUGAACACUUUCAGUUAAACAAACUUCCCAACAGUUCAGGGAAAGACUGUGUGCAGAGCUUUGAAGUAAUAAAAAUGCUAUCCAUGACCACUGUACGUGGGGCCAAAUAACUGGCAAGAACCACCACAUGCAAUUUCUGUCCACCCUUGAUCCUAAUUUUAAAUGUCACUGAUCUCCCCAAGUAGAAUUUCUUCAUUACUAUUAUCACAAUCUACCUCAUUCUGACUGCAUUAUUUCCCAGAUAUAUUGUAAGAACUGGAAACAAUAUUGCACAAAUAUCUGCUUGUACAUUAAACAAUGUAUUGGUUUCUUUCCAAUUUUGUC